AUGGCUUCCUCUUCCAAAGACAUCCCAGAUGAAGUGUGGUCACGGCACAAAGACACCAUUCUAAAACUUCGUUUCGACGAAAGCCUUCCGCUCGACGCCGCUAGGUCAAAAUCUAGAAACAUUGUUCAGGUCAUGAAAGAGGACCAUGGGUUUGAAGCGACGUAUUAUGAAAUACAGCUCAAAAAAUGGAAAGCAGCCAAGAACCUUAAGAGAAAAGACUGGGAAACGAUUCUACCCAUCUACAAUGACCUCGAAAAGCGCGGCCUGAAGCCCCGUGUAAGGCUCGGUGACCAGGUCCUCGAUGAAAGAAAAGUCAAGAAAGCACGCCGCUAUCUUACUUCAGACCAUGAGAGGAUUCAUGAGAGCGAUGCACUAUUGACACUCUCUGAACAGACUCGUCUCUGGCGCAUCGAAUACUGUCGUGAUGAUGGCGAAUAUACCGAUCACUCUGGUAGACAUUUAGGGACGAAUAAUAGAGAGCCUUCACCCUCGAUAGCCCUGUCUCUAGGCGAGACGAACACUUUUCCUUCCGCCAUCCAAAAUCAAUCCGCACAAGAGAGUGCUACCAGAAAUUUAGGCCAAUACCGAGAGAACACGACGAGCUCCCAAUUGGUUACUUACGUCCAUCCGUCCUUAUCUUCACCAAUGCUCAGCUUUGAAGACUUUGAGUCAAUGCCAAGCUUUCUUCUUGGCCAAGAAAUCUUUCAAGAUACAUGUCUAGGGUCAUCACAUUCCGAUAUGAAUGGAUUGGCUUUGACGAGUGCUGCCGGGGUUGAGAAUUCCGAUUUAAUAUUAAACGAGCUCGACCCUCCAUUAGCAUCCUCAAGUGACCACCUACUAGUGUCAGCCCCUGGUACUGUAAAUCUGGAAUCCUUGGCCUUUGCCUCUAAGCCCCGGCACUAUAUGAAUCCCAGUUGGUUCUUUCAAAAGACCUCAUCACUUUUACGCUUGGUGGGAAUGUCGAAGGGGUCUAGCCUGAUGACCCAGCGGGCUAUUCCAACAUCUGAAGUGUUCAAGCGUGUCAUCUUUUCUAUUGCCAACAACUUUGCUGGGCUCAAAAAUAUCCCGCGGGCUAUUAUCUUGGGCAUGCUGAAGAGCUUCUCCAAGGCGAGGUCGGACCUCGUGACCUGUCUUCAAUCGAAGAACGUCAAAUUCUCAGAACCUCUAGCUGACAAUCUCAUUCGUGCUGCUGUUGAAGCUGGCGAUGAAGAAUUAGUCGGCAUUAUCCUUGACACUACCUCCGGCCAAGCCAACGUGGUUGAUAUCAAUGAGAUAGUCUGUGAAGUAGGCUACACUCGAUUUUCGGCCCUGGCCUUGGCGGCGUAUUUGCAUCGCCCCGCUAUGGUACGGAAAUUGCUGCGGCAUGGUGCCAAAGUCGGCGGACAGUGUUUCACUUGUGAAUGCGGAAUUGAACGUGUUCGCGGUUGCCGGAACUGUGAUAUCUGCGAUUGCCCGCUGACUGUAAUAUACGAGCAGUACAAACAGCCCGGACAGUACAGACAGCGCAGGGAUCAAUACCAAUACAUGAGGACGCAACCUGAUCCCGCUUGUAAUGUGAGCGAGGCGGCUGAGAUUGUGAAAUUGAUACUAGACAAUCAUCCGGUAAUGGUUACACGAUUGCUCAAGGAUCCUCGUUACUUUAUGACAACUAGUGAUCGGCUACUGGAACUGUUGGCUCAAGCUGUGCCUCCAGACCGUCAUGCCGAAAUCUUUGAGCCGCCGCGCAUACGGGAUCAAGACUUCCAUACCACAAAACUCGUGGCAUUGUGCUCCAUCGUGGACAAAUUGGAGCCACAGAGGGCAAGGCAGAUCAUCAGCAAGCUGCUGUCAAAUUGCGAGAGGAUGGGGUGCACGGGUCAUAAAACCAGCAGAUCGUUGAACUAUGUUACCAACCGGGCGAUUUUGAGCAACAAGUUUGAAUUGGCAGAUUAUUUUCUGAGUAUAAUCCAACCAGAUCAAGGCAAUCUUGCGGCUGCCAUUCGCAGUAGGCGAACUGAUCUGGUGGACUCGCUCUUGGAGCAGGGUGCCUUGAGCCACGGGGAUGCUCCAUGUUGUGAUGGCAUGUCUCAUCCCUUCGAUUCAGGACAUUGCGGUAAACCAACGACACCCCUGGCUGAGGCAAUACGAUUGCAAGAUGCCCGUCUCAUAAAGCGCCUUGAGGAAUAUGGGGCGCUGAAUAGAAUAUUUGAGGUACACCGGGGAGACUUCACUGCUGCACUCUUCGCAACAGUGGAAGUAGGUGACUGUGUUUUUCUGAAACAGCUUCUUUCGACGGCCUCUGCCAACUUUUACAGAUGGAAUGCCAUUGGUACACAAAUUAACCGUCCGGCACUAUACGGUGUAAAACGAACACCUCUACAGCAAGCUUGCGAGAUGGGCAGUUUCGAGAUGGUGGAGUUUGUAGUGACUAAAGGCGCACUCAUCAAUGCUCCUCCUGCCAAGAGAGGAGGCGCAACCGCUCUACAGCUUGCUGCAAUUAGCGGCAGUGUGCGAGUUGUCGAAUUUCUUCUGGACAACGGAGCUGAAAUCCACGCCGCACCAGCUCUCGAGGAUGGCCGAACCGCUCUUGAAGGUGCGGCAGAGCAUGGUAGGGUCAGUGUGCUUGAUAUUCUACUUCAAAGAGGGGAACAGGGGUACAGCAGAGAUGAUAUUUCGAAGGCCAGGUUUUAUGCAGAAAAGGAAAGGCAACGUGGCUGUGAGGAGAGGCUAAAGCAAGCUCUCUUCUGGGCAGGAGGCCAGACUCAUAAAUCUUUGAAUUGA